GGCGGUCGGCUAGUAGUAAGGAGUCAGUGCCUGUCGGGAUGCGGAACGGGAAGGUUCUGGUGCUGGUGGCGGGACUGUUGGUGGCCUUGAGCGCGGUGGCACGCGGCCGCGUUGUCUCCAGGUGCGAGCUUGCCAACGAGAUACUCCGCCACAACGUCUCCGUGGGCCUCGUCAAACACUGGGUCUGUCUGGCAGAGAGCGAGAGCUACCUAACUACAGAUCGCGUUGGUGAAAAUGCAGAUCUGUCUUCAAAUUACGGCAUAUUUCAGAUAAACCAGUACUGGUGUGGUGAUUCUCGCAACCCUGACAAGUGUGACGUGAAAUGCGAAGAUCUGCUCAACGAAGACCUGUACGACGACUUCGAGUGCGCUCUGAAGAUCUACCGCAAGCGGCGCUUCUCAGCCUGGGACGGCUGGCGGAAAGGCUGCAAGGGUGUCCACCUGGAGAACGUGUCCACCUGCUAGACAGGGCGGGCGGUGGCCAAGAGUGGAUAGGCGCACUUCAGACCCGCCCUGCUGCGGGGGUUGUUUGGCUGUGGCCUACUAUAAGCUACUGCACUCAAGUUUAUGCAUUAACGAAACUCCCUGAAAUAACAAUAUUCACUAAAUAAACAUAAUUAAAUGAAUGUUACGUAA